CUCCAUACAUACAUGUAGGAAUACACGCUUGUUGUAUAAAUGCGUCCGAACUAUUGCUAGUUCCAGCGUAGAGUGACUGGUGGCAGAAUACCAGAGAGGGAUAAAGGGCGGAUCGGAGGGAGUGAUGGGUAAAAACCGUGGUCGAAGAAACCAGUAUGAAUUUAUUAAAGACGUUUUGUAUCUUUGUGGUUAUCACUGGAUCUGUCGGAUUUAUCUACUUCCGGUAUUCGUCUCGUGCAUUUAGUUAUUUGUUUAAGGAAGAAGAUGCAAGACAAUUCCAGCAGGAUUCAAAAUAUGUUGAACCUUACAGAAAGCAACCCCCACUAAUUACAAUGUUUACGUCAUGGAUGACCUUCCCUAAGAGAUUCAAAGUGUAUAACAGCACUUUACGUAACUGGCCUCUACUACAACCUCAUGUGAACAUCAUACUGUUCACCAAUGAUAAAAUUCCGGACAAAUAUAAACAGUUAGGAUGGAUGGUGCUACCAGUUAGACGACAAGUCAACGGCCACCCCGUUCUUAAGGAUAUGUUCAUAGAAGCCAUGCAACUGCAACCAGAUUCAAAACUAUAUGGAUUUGCUAAUGGGGAUAUACUUUUUACUGAUUCUUUCAUCAAAAGUUUACAGGAAAUUACAAAUUCGUCUUUAGUUGUUAAUCGGACAUAUAUGGUAGUGGGUCGCCGGAUGGACACGCCGAAUGUCACACUCAAAGAAGCAAGUUCUUGGAAGAAUAUUGAAAGAGCUGCCAAGAGAGGAAAGUUGAUGAAUGAAUGGUUGGGAAUCGAUUACUUCAUUACAUCCCCAAACUACCACUGGAAAGAUAUACCGGAAGUUCAAAUCGGCCAAAAACUCUAUGAUAAUUGGCUGGUACGGGACGCUCGGAAAAUGGGUCACGGGGUCAUUGAUGCUACAAGCACUCUUCUAGCAGUUCAUCAAAAUGCACCCUACCCUGCACGCCACGGGAACAUGAAUCAAAAUCAUAAAUAUUUUACCGAAUCCUAUCACACUAUAUAUCAGCAGGGAGUAAUCGCGUGCUGCAGGUUUCACACAAUGUAUACGAAUAAUACAAUAAAGAUUCGGAGACGGAAACACAUACCAAGACAAUGCACAUUGUGAUAAAGAUGUAAUAGCUUGGUUCAGUUCCCUCCUUGACGAAAUGCUUCAAUCAAGUGUGUUUUGCAUUCGGUUUUAUUUUCAAUCAAUGUUCAUAGUAAGGAUGUAUUCGACAUUUAUCCUUGGUAUAUACAUGUUCGAAUGCUUGUUGAUUUUCUAAUGAAUUUGUUCUUCAUUUAAAUCAAUUUCCAUCACAGACUUUUUUCUUAUCUUUGAUAUAAUCUUUGUUUCUAUUAAUGUUAGUAAUAACUGUGAGAUAGUGUAACCGCUUUUUAAGAUAGGGCAAAUUCAGUCGGGAAAAACAGCUUACAUGCGUCUGUCGGCAGACAAUUCUGCCAAAAGACGUCGGCGUUCGAGUGAGUUCUUCUUUGCGGACUUUGUUAAAUUAUUUUUGUACUUUUUAUAAGAUGCAUGAACUGAUAUAUUACAGAUGUUAGAUCACCGUAACCUUUGUGCUUAAAAUGGAUUUCUGAUAUUAUGCUCAGUGUUCAUAACCCCUACGAAGUUAGCAUUAUUAAAUUCAUGCGCGCCUGUCAUGGAAAACAAACAUAUGAUGACGUGUAUAGUAUUGACACUGGCGAGCCUAUUUCGAGUCUGGGAGAAAAGGAAUCAAUAUACAGGAAUGUGAUCCAGACUCUUAACCGCUGGUUGAGAUUUCCCUGUCUAUGGAACUGACCCAUGUAAGAUUAUAUUAAUCAACGCCCUUACACCGCCGUAGAGUUACGCCCCCUCCUCUCACAUACUUCCGCCGUCACAACCUUACACCCUACAAAGAAUAAAAACGUUUACCAUCACAACUUCUACUACUGGAAAACAACUUCUCUCCGUCCUUCGCUACGUUUAUCCACUCCCGUAAAAUUAUAUUAUACCUCUAGUCCUUCAAAACGUUUACUUCCACAAUCAUAGGACCUUUUGGCACCACACGCUUUUACCCUUAUUUUACAUAUACCAUCAUACUGUAUACUAUGACGUUUUAGCAGAAGUAAAAUGUUCGCCUUUUUCGGCCUCCGCCAUGCGGUCGAAAUUAUCAUGACAGCGACCCUAAAUCAGUAAAUAGCGUUCCGUAUAUUGCAAUAACAUGUGAAGGGCGAAAUUAACACGGGAUUAACAUGGCUAUAUAACCGAUAAAGGGCAAAUAUUUGGCUGGGCGAAAGUUUCCAUGUAUACAGUACAUUGCAGUAAUAUAAAUCAAUAAAUAAAUGAAUCUUGCUUCUUAUUCCCGCAACCUACUCUUACUUAAACGGAAACUUCCCGCGUCUAUUGCAUACACUGCAUUCCACAUGUUACACCGUCAAUAACUAUAUCCCCUUCUUACACCUUGUCCCAUUAUAUUGCCAACGGGUGAACCAGUUGUUGCCAUUACCAUUAACUCUGAACGUUAAGCAGGGAAUAACAACUACAUUUUAAAGGACUUUUGUAUUCCAGGCCUGGGGACAGAUCCCAUUACCUUUCCCACCUAGGUGAACGUUCAUCAUUAAAGCCAAAAGGAAGAUAGUUUCAAGCAAUGCGCUUGGAAAUAUAAGGAAGUUAGAAUAAGUGGCAUAUAAAGAUACAAAAUAUUACAAUGAAUGCAGUAGAUUUAUUUUCGUUGCUUUCGUGUUCCCAAACAGAGUAAACCUGCUUUAUCCUACUGCAUGCCUUAAGACGCGACUACAAAAGUGUUAAUCAGUUUCCACCAAUCUCGUGUCGAUGUAGACAUACAUUUUAUUUUACCUGUUAAUUUUAAAAUAUAUUCACUUUUUGCUUUCCUAAUGACAUCGACACAUGUAUUUCUCGCCUGUUUAAAUCGCUGCCAAUGAUAAGGAUAGAGUGUGCGUUUAGCUUUUUCGAUGUAGUCUCUUCCGAACCCUUAUUAAUUUCCUAACUUCAUUAUGCAUCCAUGGUGGUUCAUUAUGUCUUA